AAUAAUAAUAAUAAUAUAAUGAUAUUAUAUUAUUAUCUGCGUUAAACACUACGGAUUCGUGCGGUAUUUGACAACCGUAAUAUGGCGUUAUAUUUGGUUAAAAAUCAUAUAACACGUCAUCGGCUUAGAGGAAGAAGAUCCCGCCCGUUCUUCGGAAAAUCAUAAUCGCGUUGCGUCACGUACGCGCUUUUACCUAUGUGUGGUAACACGCGCUCUUUACGACUAGUCAAAAACGGACGGGGAUCGGUCGCGCCACGAAAAAAAUAAUGACUGCGAUAUAAUCGAUAACUAUUACUGUUGGCGUGGAAUUUUCUCGGCAACAGCCAGCGCGUAUAACAAUAUAUUAUAAUGUCACGCAUCCAGUUAUAUAGGCCUCGACCCGCAUAUAGAUUUAGGUCAAAACCGACGACGACGACGACGACAAAAACGACGACGGGGGAUGAUGUUUUUCCUGCGGCAGCAUCGGGAGCAGCAGCAUCCGUUCUUUUCGUCUCCGGGAGAGAUGCACGGUUAUAUCCAGCCUCUUUCAGAAGACGGCCAUUAUCACCUCCUCCCCACGACCCACAACUAUCUAACCCGCCCACCCACCGUACCCACUGCCGGGGUUUUCGAGCGGCAGUGUACACCGCGGGACACGAAUCUCACGCGUUAUUUAUACAGGUUAGUUGGCACGGUGUCAAAUAGCCGGGCCCGCGGUAGUUUGCGCGCCAUAAGGACGUAUAUAUAUAUAUAUAUAAUGCAACACAUAUAUACACGAUAUUCGCGAUACACACAACAGCGACUCUAAUGGAUAAUCUCUUGGGCGCUUCCUAUACACGAUCACACGUACACAACUGUAUGUAUAAGUGCGCUAACGAAUAACCUCCAAACGCUGUGCGGCACAACCGAUAUGGCUUUUAUUGCACACUUAGGUUUAUUUUAUGGUAAUCCUCGGCGGCCGAUAGCGCGUGUAAACGGAUUUUUAUUAUAUCACACCGCCGCCGCCGCCGCCGCCGCCGAUGGGAAGAUAGUCGUAUAAUAGAUAUCCGCGGCAUACCUACCGCUCCACCCCCGUCGUCGGUCGGUUAGACAAAUAAUUCGUCGAAAUGUGCACGAAAACGAAAAACAACGAAAUGCGCGUUACCUACCCAAAAGUCUAGUCUACUGAUAAGUAUACCCGCAAAAUAUUGAAUAAAACUAUAUUUGUAAUUUUUAUCGUACUACUGAUGAUGUUUGUCUCACAGCCCAACCCAACUACUGAACGAUGAAUAUUUUAAACUCUGACUUUAUUACUAAUUCGUGUGUGUAUUGGCUUAAAAUAAUAAUUUUGUAAUUUAGAGUUCAUAUAUUUUAUUGUAAUGGUCAAUAUAUAUCUUAUAAUCAGUGUGCAUGUGACAUUGUCAUGGCAAUUGGUGAUUUAUAUAUUAAAAAAAAAAAAAACAUUUGACGGCGCAUAUUAAUAUUAUUACGUCAAUAUAAUAAAAUAUUGUAGUAUAUGAUUACAGCGUGUGUUGUAUGUUAACAUGUUGGUCACGUUUAUUGUAGUUCUAACGUUCCUCCCAGGGGGAGAAUUCAUCGACGAUAACAUAUUUUAUUCGGACGGCAUAGAAAAUAUUGCGGGGGUAGGUGUCGAAGAAAGCUGGGCUGACGAAGCAGUACUGGACGUAGCAUUUUAUUUAAGGCUACAUAAGUUUAACGACUUCGAUCGAAGGUUUUACACUGAAAAAUACGAAAACAAUUCAUAUUUCCAUGCUCAAUUUCCCAUACCUCCUCUAAUAACAUUUCAUUGGGAAGUAUACGAAAAGUGUUCACAAGACUUUCUAAUUUGUUUGAAGUACUUGCAAGAUGUCGUGGUCGAAACACAUUUACAAAGAAUUUCGUCUACAGAUUAUAUUAUGCGUCAAAUGAACUGGACAGUGGAAAAACAUGGUGGUGAUAUUCGUAUGGUUAAUGACGAGUGUUUGCGGUUAAAAACAUUAGAUUGGACCAAGCCCGAACCUUUUCGUGGCCCGUUGGAUAGAUUCCGUUGGAGGGUCACGGCAAGUUAUUUUAUGUGCUGGUACACAAUGCAGAACAUCACGUUAUUGUCAAGGUUUAGCGAAUCUUGUGAUGAUAUCGGAGAAUGUCACAAUGAUGACAAGUUAAAUGAUUUUAGAGCUAUUAAUAAUGUUCCUUAUCAAUGCGCCUUAUACAGUUUUUGUCCUGACCAAUGCUGCCCUUUACGACAGGCUGCGCAUCCGAGAGAAUGUCAAGAGGUGAAUCCAUGUCGAAAUUCUAUGGUGAAAGAUAGGUGCACAUUUAUUCGGAACCAUAACACCUGGUUACCAUCUAUCAUAUAUAAUGAAUGGAAUGUGUCGUGCACUUGCAAUCCUGGAUAUGAAUGGGAAUCAAGAUAUGGUAUAUGUGUUGAUGUAAACGAGUGUAUGAAAAAUUUUGAUUUGUGUGAUAUCAAGACUGAAACUUGCAUAAAUCUUCCGGGACGCUACAAGUGUAUUUGUCGCUGGGGAUUCCAGUGGUCAACAGAACAGCAGAGCUGUGUCCCGGAUGUGUUGGUGAAGAGUGCGGAAAUACGAUAUGGUCUUCGUUAUGAAUAUAAUAUAAAAACUUAUACAUCAUCUUCAGUUACUAAUAUGACUAAUUUCAUUUGGAAUUUCAUCAUAAAUGUUUGGCAUCAAGUUCGUCACAAGAUUGAUGCAUAUAAAGUUUUAUAAAAUUAUUUAUGUUACAUAUUAUAUCAAUGCAAUGUAUCUAUGUAGAUUUAUAUUUAUAUUACUUAAGUAUUGUUUAUUAUAAUAAUAACUAUA